UUUCAGCCUCAGUGUCAGGUGUGCGCAGAGUGGAAACGGGAGAUUUUGAAACAUCACAUCCACAGAAAUGGAGAUGUGCACUGGGGAAAUUGCCGGCCGGGCCUUUGGCCCGUCGAUGCCUGGGAGGUGGCCAAGACAGGCUUUCAUGCCGCGAGGACAGGCCGACAAAAGAGGACCUGAGGAAUGUGAUGCAGUGGCUCUUUUAAGUCUCAUCAACUCUUGCGAUCACUUCGUGGUUGAUCGAAAGAAAGUCACCGAGGUGAUUAAGUGUCGUAAUGAGAUCAUGCACUCUUCAGAGAUGAAAGUAUCUUCUACAUGGCUUCGAGAUUUUCAGAUGAAGAUCCAAAACUUUCUGAAUGAAUUUAAGAACAUCCCCGAGAUUGUGGCGGUGUACUCCAGAAUUGAACAGCUUUUGACAUCUGACUGGGCUGUUCACAUCCCUGCAGAAGACCACCCAGACGGGUGUGAAUGCGAGAUGGGAAUGUACCUGAGUGCGAGCCACGUGAAUGAAAUAGAAGUGGAACUGCUAAAGGAAAAGCUACAAGAGCUGUAUUUUCAAGCAGAAGAACAAGAAGCGCUACCUGAAGAGGUCUCAAAACAACUGGAAGUAGUGAAGGAAUUCCUGAGAAACAACGAGGAUCUUAGGAACGGUCUUACAGCCGAUCUGCAGAAGCUGGACAGCCUCCAUCUCCAGCAUCAAAAGCUGGAGUCAAAGGAGCCUGCGAGACAGAGCCCUGAGAGGAAGGCCUGAGGUUGCCUUUCCACAAAAGUCAAGCAUAUUUCCGUGAAAGUCUGCGUGGCUUCCAGCUCAGACAUCCUUUUCUGCACCAAAUGACAAAGUGGGCAGAGUGCUGUGCCCAAAACCAAGAGGAAUUUUUGCUGUUUUUUUUCCUGGACUUGUCCUUGACCCUUGUGGUAGUUUUUUAUUUUGUUUUGUUUUUUUCUUUUUUUAUAUUCGCGGACUUAGGGUUGGGCCAGGUGGUGGUAAAACAUGACGCGCUGCAAGGUUGACCCGACACAGGACGUCUGCUGCUUCAUGUCAGGAAACAUCUCCAGUAUGCUGUGUACGCACUUGCCUGUAGGGAACCAGCAGUUAGCGUCAUGGCUAUGUCGCUGGACUCCCACGUAGUCUACCGCGGUUCGUGUCCCGGACCCGGUGGCUUAAAACUCAUGCCGGGCGCGUGUG